UGUCACUGCUGAACAUAAUAACAAACAGCUACUAUAAUUGUAUAUUGAGAAAUGGGUUCUCCUUUAUUCUAUGAAUCUCGGACAGACCUGAAUUCAGGCGGAGCCUUGGCGCCUAUCCUUUAUUAUUUUCGCUCCGUCUCGCUCUACUGAGAUGACGGUGAGGGGGAAGCAUUUUCGACUCACGAGCAAAGUGUUGAAUAUACUAGGCCUGCUGUAGUCAAUUGUGCCUCAAUCUCGUAGCUUUGAUCACGCAAUUUAUCCGUGUACUGUGCGCGAGAUUAAGAACAGAGACUACUGUAUCUUGUACAUAUAUUUUCAGAAGAUCUGGCGAAACGCCAAUUAGACACGGUGGCGUCUAAUUCCGUCGCGGUCAGCUGAGAAUUAUAACACGUAUUUUUCCACUCACUAUCGUAUUUCACCGGGAGAUCAAUAUGCGUCUAGCACAUUUUUUCUUAUUAUUCAAUUGUUUGUCAUUCUCGAUAUCGAAAAAUAUCGUGCUAAUUAUUACGGAUGAUCAAGAUUCUAUUCUAGACGGCAUGACGCCAAUGAAAAAUACUUUGAAUCUUAUAGGAGGUCGAGGUGCUACGUUUACAAAUUGCUUUGUAGCCACACCGGUUUGUUGCCCUAAUCGGGCAUCUAUUUUGACUGGACGAUAUCAACAUAAUCAUCUAACGGUAAACAAUUCUGUCGCCGGUGGUUGUAAUAGCGCGCGAUGGCAACAAUUACAAGAGCCGACAACGUUCGCUUCUCUUUUGCAAAAUAUCAUCGGAUAUAAAACGUUUUACGCAGGGAAAUAUUUGAACCAGUAUGGAAAGAAGGAAACUGGCGGUGCGGCUCAUGUACCAUUGGGAUGGGACUGGUGGGCCGGUCUUAUAGGAAACUCAAAAUAUUACAAUUAUUCGUUAUCCAUAAACGGUACUGAGAGAAAAUACGGUGAUAGCUCGAAUGAUUACCUUACCGACGUGAUCAAUAAUCUGGCUGUAAAUUUUAUCAAAGAGUACUCCGGUGACCAACCUUUUCUUAUGGUGUUGGCACCUCCAGCCCCUCACGGGCCAUUUAUACCCGCAGUCAGACACAAGGAUAAAUACAUCGGCAUAAAAGCAAAAAGAACACCAAACUUUAAUAUACCCGUAAAUCAGGAUAAACAUUGGCUAGUUAGGAAAGGUCCAACCCCUUUGCCAGAUGAUAUAUUACCGAAAUUAGACGACAUAUACAGGCGAAGAUGGGAAACCUUAUUAGCGGUAGACGAACUCGUUAAGAACAUACACGAUUUAUUAGAAGAGCGAAAUCUUUUAGACGACACUUACUUUAUUUACACCUCCGACAAUGGAUAUCACGUUGGACAGUUCAGCAUGCCAAUAGAUAAGCGUCAACCUUAUGAAACAGAUAUACGUGUCCCGUUACUGAUAUCCGGUCCCGGAAUCGAGCUGUCUACGGUUUCUGCGCCAGUCAGCAGUGUAGAUAUCUUCGCCACGAUUUUGAACAUUGCCGGCAUGAAAUAUCCAUCGGACGGCACGACAUUAUUUAAUUCAAAUCGUAACUUACCUCAAGAUCGCAUUGUUUUGAUAGAAUAUAGAGGAGAGAGGUCCAACGAGCCAUCGCCUGGUUGUCCAAACGACGAUUUGAAUGUCACGUUAUGCGUGGAAGAGUUGGCGUGCAAAUGUCAAGACGCUGUGAACAACACAUUCAGUUGCAUUCGCCGCGUUUCGCCGAAUUUCAACAAUAUCUUCUGCGUCUUCGAAGAUGAUCAGAGAUUCAUUGAAGCUUACGAUAUGAAUAUCGACGAGUACCAAAUGGUGAAUAUCGGAUACACUAUGAAAAAAAGAUUGAGAUACAAAUACAGAAAACGUCUUAAGAGAAUGGUGGUAUGUCAGGCCGAACAAUGCGUUUUCACACCGGGGAAUAAAUAUAAGUAGCAUACAUUUGUUAAUUUCUAUUCUUAAUAUUAGAUAUUCUUAUACAUGUGUUAUAUGUCAAGUGUAGUAAGUACGCG